AUGCCUUCCGCAACAGCAUCUGGAACCGACGCAGGCUCCAGUGGAUCAGCCAGGUCGCGCGAUCACAAUCAGGGGAAUCAGGAUCGCAAAUACACGCCCGAACAGAAAGCCGCUGUGAUACGAGUUCGGAAAUGCUCGCCGACCGCGUUCUAUGAGAUCCUGGCUAUUGAGAAAACCGCAACUGAUGGCGAAAUUAAGAAGGCUUAUCGCAAGUUGAGUUUGCUUACGCACCCGGAUAAGAAUGGAUAUGAAGGGGCCGACGAGGCGUUCAAGAUGGUGUCCCGCGCUUUCCAGAUACUGUCGGAUUCCGAUAAAAAGUCGAGGUACGAUAAAUUCGGCGGUGACCCGGAUAACAGAUUCUCAGCAUCUGGAGCUGGAGCUAGCGCUGGACCUUCAGGUGCAGGGUCUCCCUUUAGCGGGUUCGGUGGUGGUGGUGGGUUCCCACGCAGUCAGUUUGGUGGUGACUCUGCGUUUGAGGGAGAAAUAUCUCCUGAAGAACUCUUCAAUCGGUUCUUCGGCGGCGGCGGAUUUGGUCCUAUGGGCGGUGGUUUCAGUCCUUUUGGAGGUCCUCAAUUUGUCUUCAAUAUGGGUGGCGGUCCCGGAUUCAGAGUUCACCAGUUUGGAGGUGCACGCCCUCGCAGAAGACCUCGUGAAGCUAAUGGUCAAACACAACAACGAGAACCAUUCAGCUGGGCUUCAUUCACACAGCUUCUCCCCCUCAUAGCUUUGUUCCUUUUCCCACUCGUCUCCUCCCUAUUUUCGGGCAACCCGACGGUUCCCGCCGGCCCUUCAUUUCGUUUUGAUGCGCCUAUUUCGCCUCAUACCAUGCACCGUACAACGCCCAAGUAUAACAUAGAUUAUUACGUCAAUCCGCUCGAUGUCGAUGACUUUAGCAACAGGAAAUUCAGCCAACUGGACGCACGCGUGGAAGGGGAAUUUGUCAACGGUCUCCGCUACGAAUGUGAGAAUGAAGUACAGGAAAAAGAUCGUCGGAUUCAAGAAGCUCAGGGCUGGUUCUUUCCCGAUGUUGAGAAGAUAAAAGAGGCUAGAGCAAUGGAACUAAAGAGUUGUCGACGAUUAGAGGGUCUACGAGGCCGUCGACAUUGA